AUGUUUCUUACAAAAUAUUCAAGAUGCAUUUACAAAUCGAAACCGUUUUUAUCAACAUGUUCGGUUAAUAAUACAAACGAACCAUUGCAAAAACCAUCAAAAACGGAAAGUAAUUUCGCCGGAAAACAUGAUAAUGUAAAUCCACAAGAAGAAGAAUAUAAUAAUAAUAAUAAUGCGAAUAAGGAAAGUGAAAAAUAUAAUAAUAAUAAUAAUAACAUGUACUCGACGGAGGAAAGGAGUCAAACGGAACCGAUUGAAAAAACCGCGAGGGGAGGUCAAAAUGAUGCCUUGGAAAGUACCAAAGUGACUCCACAACCUUUGGACGUGAGCCUCGUGCAGAAAAAAGAUGCCGCAAACGAACUCCUCCUACACGCGGAUCCCUUCGAAGAAGUACCCGGACCGGUUUUUUUGAAAAAAAUAUCGAGCCUGUGGAAAUACCUACCGGAAUUGGGGUGUCAAGCCACCGGACGUCCUUUCGACAGGUUGUUUAAAAAGUACGGGCCCAUUGUCAAACUCCAGGGUCCUCUGGGAGCGGAUAUCGUUAUCAUAAACAAACCCGAACACGUGGGAAAAGUGUACGAUCAAGAGGGUAAACAUCCCGUCCGCUUCACGUUGGAUUCCGUUGAAAAAUGUCGAGCCGUUUUUAGAAAGAAUUCCGGGGGUCCUUUCAGUCUCUACGGAGUCGAAUGGGAAGAAAUGAGAAAAGCGCUCAACGAACCGCUUGCCAAAGGUGGAGAAAGGUAUUUCGGUGCCAUCGACGAAGCGGGAGACAUGUUCGUGAGAAGGAUAGGUGCGAUUAAAAACAAACAGAGCGAAGUACCCCCGGAUUUCUUGGUCGAAAUAACAAAAUGGAGUCUGGAAUGUUUGUGUUUCGUCGCUUUGGGUAAAUCUUUGGGUUUUCACAAUCCCGACGCGAAUUCGACUUCCGAACCGUUAAGAUUGCUCAAAUCCCUGAUAGACGCGACUCACAACAUAUGCAAAUGCGAAUCAGGGUUCCAACUUUGGAGAUUCAUGAACACUCCGGCAUCCGUGGGUCUCACUCAAUCAUGCGAAAUAAUCGACAGUUUCAUAUCGAAAUACGUGAGACUCGCACAAGUGAAUUUGACUCGUAAUAAAACGGAUAUAAUAAUGAACAGAGAGAAAACGGAAACGAAUCUUUCAUUCAUAGAAAAUCUUUUGCUCAACGAAUGUUUGUCGCCGGAUGAAGUUUUGACUUGCAUCGUGGAUUUGCUACUACUCGGCGUCAACACGACGAGCAGCGCAUUAGCAUUUUUCCUAUAUCACCUGGCGCAAAAUCAAAGAUCCCAGAGAACUCUGUUCAAGGAAAUAAAAGAAUUUCUACCGGAAAAACAUUCUCGGCUCGAAUACAAAACUUUAAAUAAUUUUAAAUAUUUGGAUGCUUGCUUGAAAGAAAGUCUAAGAUUGAAGUUACCCAUGCCGACUCUGACGAGAGUAUUGCCCACCGACAUUGCUCUAUCCAAUUUUCGCAUACCCAAGGGUACUUACAUGGUCAUGGACAUACAAUCGGCUUGUUUGAAAGAGCAAAAUUUUGAAAAAAGCGAUAAAUUCAUACCGGAAAGAUGGUUCGAACCUACCAACAUACAAUCAUUUUCCUUCAUACCUUUCGGUUACGGGAUAAGGUCAUGCGUGGGAAAACAUUUGGCAGAAGUACAAUUGAAAUCUUGCAUAGCUAAAAUAAUAAGGAAUUAUCAAAUAGAAUAUAACUAUGGUGAAAUACACGGUACGAAAACAGUUAUCUCUUUUCCGGAUGUUCCGCUAAAAUUAAGCUUUACAGAACGUGAAAUUUAA